AUGCUGCUGGACAAGGCCCUGUUCAAGAAGACCCUGGAGGUCGUGGGCGUGCGCGUGGAGGCCAAGAAGAUCGGGCGCGUGGUCAAGAAGCUGCACGGCCACCUGCUGAACCUGCCGCGGCUGCGCAACGUGGUGCCGGACCCGACCAACCCGGACCCGUACAAGAACUCGAGCAGCAAGCUCAUCCUGCUCAACGCCAAGGUGAAGGACGCCGAGACGCUGCAGCCGCUCAAUGAAGACCUGGUGAGCUUCCUGAAGGAGGAGAGUCUAGCCUUCGUGAGCCACGCCAUCGAGCUGGACUACGACUACUUCGCCGUGGACCAGGUGCUGAGCGAGAUCCUGCCCAAGGGCAUGGACAUCCCCAGCUCCUUCGAGACGGUGGGCCACAUCGCGCACUUGAACCUGAGGGACAACCAGUUGCCGUACAAGAACAUCAUCGGGCAGGUCAUUCUCGACAAGAACGCGCAGAUCCGCACGGUCGUCAACAAGACGGACAACAUCGAGACCAAGUUCCGCACGUUCCCGAUGGAGGUGCUGGCUGGAGAUGACGAUAUGGAGGUGGAGGUGCACGAGAGCAAGGCCAAGUUCAAGUUUAACUACGCCGAGGUCUACUGGAACUCGAGGCUGCAGCAGGAGCACCUGCGCAUCAUCCGGACCAUCAAGCCGCAGGACGUCGUGUGCGAUAUGAUGUGCGGCAUCGGCCCGUUCGCCAUUCCCGUGGCGCUCAACGGCACCAAGGUGUACGCGAACGACCUGAACCCGCGCAGCUACCACUACCUGAAGGAGAACAUCGCGAUCAACAAGGUGGAGAAGCUCGUCACUCCAUACAACCUGGACGGCCGCGAGUUCCUAGCCAAGCUGCUGAGCGAGAAGAAGCAGUUCACACAGGUGCUGAUGAACCUGCCAGCCAUCGCGCUCGAGUUCCUGGACGCCUUCCCGGGGCAGUUCGACCACUGGGAAGGAGAGCUGCCCUACAUCCACUGCUACUGUUUCUCCAACGCUGAAGACGUCAAGCAGGAUGUCAAGGAGCGUGCCGAGAAGAUCAUGGGCGGCGCGCUGGACCCGGAGAGGACGUCGUUCCACCUUGUGCGCGAUGUGGCGCCCAAGAAGGUCAUGGUUUGCAUUUCGUUCCAGCUGCCGGAGUCGAUCGCCUUCAGCUCGGAGCGUCAGGCCUCGAAGCAGGACGACCCUAAGCGGCGGAAGGUCGAGGCCGACGCCGCGGCUUGA